GCCCUGCCAGAGCUGAAAGAUUGUGUAUCAGCAAGAAAGCAAAUAGCCCGUGUACUAGUUUUUAAACCUAGAGUCGCUACUAUAUUCCUACAUUGUAUCCAACUGAAAUUACUAGUUCAGUCCUUCCGGUUUGCUUCCUGUGCAUAUGAUUCCAGAGGAAGGUGGUUCGAGAAAUCGAUGAGUGCACCCGAAGUCAAUUAAUUACGAGCAACAAGUGCUCCCCGUGGGGUGUAUUCCCAACUGAUUUAAUCUUUGGCAAUCGGAAUGACAGACCCUACCGAAUAAUAAGUUCAUGUACAGCCUAAUUGUAGCCCAGUUGCUUCCUGGAAAGUUGGUGAGCCGGUUCAUGGCCUCUCUGCGAAGACUUUUACAACGUAGCCUGGGCUGCUUUUGUGCCCUUAAUGGAGUUCUGGACUUCAAUGCGGACAUUGGACCAGGAGCAGCGCGCAGAUCCCGCUGCCUAUUUAUAUACCGUAUGCUGCACAACUUGGCGGUCAUCAGCCUGACGUUGAAGUUUCAGCUGGAUUUCCUGGACCACUUUAAAAAUAUCGAAAAGUCCACGCUGAUGACUGUAAACUUUUUCACAUACUUUACACUGGUGUUUUUUGCGGUGCUGAGCUCCAUGGGCUCGUGCUACCAAUGGCAAAAUAGAAUCCUCGCCGUUCUGAAGGAGCUGAAGCAUCAGAAUGAUCUGAGCAGGCACCUGGGAUACAGGGUACCACGGGACAAACAGUAUACCCUUGACUGCUUGUUGAUCGCACUCGCCGUCCUUCUGGUCCUGCGUCUCAGCAUCCACUUGGCCACGUUUGCGUUCAGCGCCAGGAUGGGCUUCAAUCAUCCCUGCAGCUGCUUCCUGCCGGAGUGCAUGAUCUUUGCCAUGAACUACCUGUGGUUCGCCAUCCUAGCAGAGAUAACCCGGUGCUGGUGGCGCUUGCAGGCGGGACUGAAGAGGGUACUCCUGGAUCGGGACUUAUCAGCAGUCACCUCCAGUUUAUGCGACAUUAGGAGGCUGCACGCCAGGUUCCAGUGCCUAAUUGAUUUAACCUCCGAAGUGUGUUCCAUCUUUAGGUACGUCACUCUUGCCCACAUGGCUCGCAAUCUUUGGAGUGGCAUUGUGUCGGGAUAUCUUGUGGUACGCUUCGUUAUUGGCAAUGGAUUGCAGGACCUUGAACUCGUCUACCUGGUCUUCUCAUUCAUCACCUGCAUCCAACCUCUGAUGUGCUCGCUCCUGCUGAACAGCAUCACCAACACAACGGGUUCGUUGGUCGAGGUGACCAGGGACAUCUUGAAAAUACCCCACAACGAAAGCGCGGAGGUGGCACGAAGCGUCGAAUGGCUGUCGCUGCAGUUGACUUGGCAGCACACCCACAUCACUAUCUUUGGCGUAUUUCGCAUAAAUCACUCUUCGGCCUUCCGGUUUGCAUCCCUCAUCCUGGUACAUGUGGUCUACAUGGUGCAAUCUGACUAUGUUUCGAUUACGAAGUGAUGGCUUAGUCGAGCUGCCCCAAUAAUUUAUGUACUUACAACUAUUCCCUUAUCCCUUUUAACAAACAUAUCCUGAUAGCAGCGAAUUUGUAUAUUAUUGAGCA